AUGUCUGCUCCACAACAACAACAUAAUAUACAACAACAAAAUAUACAACAAAAUAUACAACAACAACAACCACAACAAAAUGUACAACAACCUCAACAAGUAAUAGGGCAACCACAACAACAACCUGUAUAUAAACCUGUAAUUCAAAUAAAUAAGACAUUACCACAACAACAACCACAACAACAAAUACCACAACAACAACAAAUUUAUAAACAAGCGCCACAACAAAUAUAUAAUCAAAUUUCACCACCAAUUCAACAAAAUAUAAAUUCACCAACAAUUGUAAAUAAUACACCACCAACACCAGUAGUAACUACACCAACAACAACAACGACGACAACACAAUCAAAUUAUUCAACAAAUAGACCAAAUAUUAAUAUAAAUCCAGCAUCACCGAUAUCUAGUACGACAAUAGCAUCACCUGUAACUCCUACAGUAUUAACAUCAACUCCACCAACAACAAUAACAACACCAACAACAACAACAACUACAUCAACACCAACUACUACUUCAACCACAGUAAUAACAUCAGGUACUGGUCAACCAAGUUUAGGUUCAAUAGAAUCAUCAAUCGAGAGUGUAUUAAGAAAGAAUAAUCUUGUAAAUACAACAAACUUUUCACCAGUUCAAAAUAUUGGUACAACUACACCACCACCAUCAUCAACUGUUGUUGGAAUUACAUCACCAACUCUUACCCAAACAACUUCUUCACCAAUAACUGCAACUUCUAUAACUCCAACUAUAACUUCAAUUCCAACUACCACCACCACCAAUACAACAUCACCAAUGUCUAUUGGUACACCUUCAAGUACAACACCUGUAGUUUCAAGUGUUUUACCAACUACUCCAACUACUACCUCUGUAACUGCACCAAUAACAACUACACCACCAUCAUCAUCAGUUACUACAACAACAACAACUAUACCAACUACAACAACAGGAAGUAAUAAUAGUGUUCAAAUAACAGGUACAAAUCCAAUGGUUUAUGAUAGUCGUCAAAUGGCUAAUAAUAGUAGUAAUAUAACCUCAAAUCCAACCUCUACUAUUAAUACUCCAACUACUACUACCACCACCACAACAGCAACUUCAAAUUCAACAGGCACAAUUUUAUCAAAACAAAAAAAAGAAAAAGAAAAAGAAAAAGAACGUCGUGAACGUGAAAUUCGUGAAAAAGAAAAUAAAGAUCAACAAGAUAAAGAUAAAGGAUUAAAUAGUGGUGGUGGCGGUGGCGGUGGUAUCGGUAAUAAUAAUAACCCAAAUAAUUCAAAUAACCCAAAUAAUUCAAAUAAUCCAAAUAAUCCAAAUAAUAUUGAACCUGAAGUAUUGGGUAAAAGAAAAUUAAUUGAAUUACUUCAACAAAUUUCACCAAAUGAAAAAAUGGAUGAAGAUGCUGAAGAUAUUUUAUCAGUAUUGGCAGAUGAUUUUGUUGAAUCAACCGUUGCAUUUGCUUGUACAUUAGCAAAACAUCGUAAUAGUACAACACUUGAAGUUAAAGAUUUACAAUGUCAUCUCGAAAAGAAUUGGAAUAUUAGAGUGCCUGGUUUUGGUAAUGUUGAACAAUAUAAAACCUUUAAGAAACCACAUUUCCCAGAGAAUCAUAAACUUAGAGUUGCUGCAAUGAAAAAAUCAAUCGCUCUAACUCAAGCUUCCUCAAGAAAACAACAAAUUCGUGAAUUUAAAGAACAACAAAAAGAAUUAAAAGAACAACAACAACAAGAAGAAUUAAAACAACAAUUACAACAAAGUAAAAAACAAAAAUUACAAUUACAACAACAACAAUUACAACAACAACAACAACAAUUACAACAACAACAGCAACAACAACAACAACAACAACAACAACAAUUACAACAACAACAACAAUCACCUUCUUCAAAAUUUUAA